GAAAUACCGAAAGGAAAUCCUCGAACCCCGGAGCCCAAACCUCUGUCUCGAAGGUUCCAUCUCGCGUCGCCGGUUUCCUCGUCUCCCGUGGUGGUCGAGGCCCAGCGAGCGGCGGGGUUCCAGCGCGACGGCCACUUCCGGCGAUCAAUCGGCUGGCGGAGGGUCUGCGGCAAGGGCGUCGAAGCUGCGCUACCCGCUGCGGUCGGCGAGCAGGGGGAAGGCGGCCGCGUCCCCAGCGGCGGAUGCGCCUCCCACCAUCUCCGCUCCGCGAAGGGCAAAACCAUCUUCAGAUGUCAGCAAGAGCAUGUGCCUUGACCUUUCUGUGAAGGAUAAAUCAGCCAAACCUCCACGGAGGCACUCAAUACAAACUAAGCCAGGAGCUAGCCCAAGGCCAACUCCUUCUGGAACUGUUACUCCGUUGUCUGGGAUUCGGUCUAAGAGAUCAGACAGCCAGGGAAGGUUUGAUACUCCAACAUCAGAAGUGUCCAUGUCCACUGCAAGGCGCAAGUUCAGCACGCUCUCCUCAAUCUCGUACUGGAUGACACAGAUCAGGCUGGCAGAGGCUGCUUCCAAGCACUCAGUUUCCUUAGGCUUCUUUAAGCUUGCUCUUGAAUCAGAAUGUGAGCCUCUGGACCGGAUGAGGGAAGAACUCAAGUCCUAUGUUGCCCGGCAUGGUCUAGCAACAGAAUUGGAGGACCCAGUAAAGGACAUUCUUCAAGUUUAUGAUAUUGUGGAGGAUUUUGAGAAGCUGAAGAUCUCUGCAGAGCCCUCACAGCAACCUAAAAAGUCUGACAAGGCUGCUCGCACUACCACCAAUGUGUCACCCAAUGGAAACCUGAAGCCAAGGUCACUGAACUCUGAGGCAACUGAAAGUAAGGAAGCAGGAAAGAAAGAGAACAUUCAGAAGGUGAAGCCUGAUGCAAGGGUCAGAGGCUCCUACAACAGGAAUCCAGCCAGAAACACCACUGCAAAGGAAGUAGUUGCCAAGACUGCUGGUAAGAAAACCAAGAAACAGGCCAAGGGUCAACAGGAAGUUAGCAAUGGAGAUAGUGAGUCUUUGGCUGUCAGUCCAGAUCAAGAUACUGCCGAUGUGGUGAUGGAGAUUACACAGGAGGAUAAAGAGAACAUGGGGGAUGCUGAAAUGCCCAGGGAUGCUGGACUUCCACAAGAAGCCUAGAACAGCCCCGAGCCCCCGACCGACUUCAGAUUCAAUCCCUUUUUAUCGCUGAAGAUGAAGUAUUAGUGUGUGGUUGCUUGUUUUGGUUUCGAUUGUUAAUAUGUUACCGGAGCUUUCUCUCUGUGAUUGCUGAACCGUGUCUUGGAGAGAGCGUUAUGCUUUGAUGGUUGGUUGAUUGCUUGUAUUCCUUCAAUCCUUCAUUAAGUUUGCUUCUUUGUAUGUACUAGUCGUGCAUCUGAAUAUAGCUGAGUUUAUUUGUUUGCGUGAUUAUUUCUGACAGAAAAUUGCC